UUCGUUCUACGUCACAUAUUUCAUUUAAAAUUCAGUACAUUUGUUUUGAAAAACACUAAAAAUGUAUAAAUGCCGACCGACUGGAGAAUGGAUGAGCUAUGGUGCCAACAUGCCUACACCAAAAUCAGUUACACAUGAAAGUCUUGAGGCUGGCCGGAAAAUGACAUCAAACGUUAGGAUAAUUGCUCGCAAGCAACUAAAUUUUCAGUCCUAUCCGAUGAAUGACUUCCGCUUUGAUUUGUUGUACUUUGAUAAACCUAAGGAAAUUCAAAAUAUUUCGACUUACAAACGCGAUUACGUCGAACCAUAUCCCGCAAAAUGUGGACCUAAAAAAAUGCAUGCCGUAGAUUCACCAGAUCCACUUUUUAAUCGAAGGACUGUUAACGACUUCGAAAUGGUCCCGUGGGUAGAUACUAAGUUUAUGGACGAUAAACUGUUUAAUAUUUCAGAGCAACGAAGAAGAAUAAAUUUCUUCAGGCAAUUGCGUAAUCGCAGUUUCCAGUUUGAGUAAAUUUGAUAAAAAGGGUUGAAGGACGUGCAUUAUUAUUCUGGUUUAUACGAACGGAGUUUUUGAUUGAAUGAAUAAAGUAUAU